ACUAACUCGACAACGCCACGCCACGCCAGUCAUCAUGAGGGUGUCAUGGAGUUUACGCGUCCUUCUGUCCGUUGCUUUUGUUACCUGUGCGUCCAGUUACUCUAGUUACCAAACGACAGGUAAUCCACGGCGCGCGAUCGACGAUGACGACGAGAAGCUCAGCCUUUUGGAGGAGGUACUUAAGAAAAUUAUAGAUGAUUCGCAUGAUGUAGAUGAUUUCCAAGACGACAAGGAAAACGACGACGAUGGGCAAUCCCCUGCCGAUCAUCUUGCAGCUGAGUCGAACGAUCAAGCAAACUCAGGCACCGAGUGCCACCGACAGUGCGAACCAAUCCAAGACUGUAUAAUUAUGGAGUGCGGGAAUGCAACAAUGGCGGAGGCGGACCCACCCGUCUCCCAUCUUUGCUAUGCCCAACCCAUGGUCCGCUUUGCCUCGGUAGAGCGCAUUAAGACUGCGAGCAAGUGUGUUGCGGCGGGGAAAUACACCAUGUGCCCUGGCGGAAGUUGUUUUGAAGUAAAGGGCUGUUACGGUACCUUUCACGUGAAGGUGUUUAAAAUUGAAUGCAAGACUGUGUGCACAUAAUUCUUCUUAGUCGCUUGUUUUUAAA